AUGUCUGAUCCCCAAGGACAAAUGGGCGGUGGUGCAAGAGAUGAUGGCACACCUGAUGCGAAACGCCAGCGACUGGACGAGCAAGAUGUUGCUCCUGACCUUACCAAAAUCACCAUCAGAAUCGAGGGCCACGCAGAGUCCUUCGAGUUUGAUCGAGACACAGCGAUCAAUCACUCCCUCUUCAUCGAAGCCAAAUUGACUGGGGGCUUCAUGAAUGCCAACACAGCAGUCAUCUUGCUCGAGGAGAGCGAUUAUGCCAUCCCCGCCAAUGUCGCUCUCCUACAGCAGCACCUCGAGUGGCGCCAGUACGUCGACAUCCAUGCUGACACAGAUGUCGAUCUCCCCGACGAUCCCAUCCAAGAACUGGAGCAUUUCGGCGAGCUCGCCAACUUCUGGCUCCUGGCGGACUACCUCCAGAGCCGUACAAUCACCAACGCCAUCAUGGAGGAGUUGGAAAGCAGGGCAGAUGACUUCGAGCUGCUGAACGAGGAGCUCUUCAGGCUGUGGUGGGAGAAGCUCGCGCACCAGCCCGCCUGGGACGCGCUUCGGGGCGUCAUGCUCGCGUUGUUCGUGGCAUCAGACUCGAUCCAGGACGCGGCGAGCCGCCAUGCCACAAUGCCCAGGCUGCCGGUAUCUGCUCAGAUGGCAAUCGUCGACGAGAUCCUCCGCCAGCGUGAUGACGCCCGAAUCGAGCUCAGAAGCGGCCUCGAGCGCAUGGGGGACUACGUCGAUGAUGAGGGCUCAGAGGAGCUCCACAACAUCCGAGCAUUGGCCGACAAGAAGGUCGCCGCGAGCGACUAUUUCAAGCCAUACACCAACCGCCGAGAUCGCCUCUAG